GGAAGUUUGACCAGAUCCUGGCCAGAAGCCCUCUCCAUCUGUGAUUGGAGGGUGGGCUUACCAGGCCCUAAGUCACUGCGCUGUGUUAGUACGGUCAUAGGGUGGCACCUGGGAGGACAUGGCUUCACAGGUGGCCAAUACCUGCCCAUUGCAAACGAGCGAUGCAACAUUCCACGAUCCCCCUUCUUCACUCAAGGCUGCGUGCGGCCAGCACAUCUUAUCUACAAGGUGAGACAGGUUUUCUGCCGUCGACGGUAAGCCGACUAGUGCCAGGUUGGUUGGAAGGUGCGUACAUAUAAACGACCAUUGGGUUCCUUUGUUGCAAGACCGUGUGCUGCUGAAUAUGUCCGACAAUCCAGAUCUUGAUUCACGUGGGGCAAUGCGCUCCAGGAGGCUGCGUCUAGCCUGUGAUGCCUGUCACAGGGCAAAAAUACGAUGCACAGGCGGUAGCCCUUGUAAGAAGUGCGAGAACGCUCCCCUUUCUAAACAAUCGAGCGAUAGUAAUGUCCCGUGCCAAUACAGCUACACUCAAAAGCUUGGCAAACCUAAGGGCAGCCGGAACAAGAGGACACUGGCUAGGCUGAGCGCAUCCAAUGGUGGGCGGCAGGGGCCAGCGAGGACUCCGGACACACUGCCACCAUCUCCAUUGCCAGCUCCGAAUAACCUUUCCCCAACGAUUAUCGACAACCCUUCAAGAUCCUUCUCAAACGAUCAACCUUUGGAGGCCGAUCUCGAAUGUCCCUGGAUACAUCCUUUUUUCGAUCUCGAUGCUACAGUGUAUCCUCCUCCACCUAACGGGGGCCUGUGUCAGCUUGAAAACACCUACCCAACUUUGGAACACGGAACCGAAAACGGGCAGUCCAAUGGAAUUAUCGCGUUCGAAUCCACACAUGACCAUUCAGACGCAAGGCUCAUGUCCCCAAUUGAUACUACUAUCAACGGCAACAUAUAUAGAGUUGACAUACAACCCCGUGCGGUUACACAGAAGCCGAAUGCUGCAACCCCCAGCCACAUCCCGGCUUCUUACCCCCCCAACAAGGCCCCCACCGGCACUUCUAUCGCUUCAUCCCUUCUCUUUGAAAAUCCCGGCCCAUUCCAAUGCAAAGGGGAGACGUCAUGUUCCUGCCUCCGGCUGUUAACAGAACAACUCUAUCUCCUCCAUUCCACGGAACGCAACCACCUUGCCAUACCUUUCGAUCAAGUUCUGUCAAUGGCUUCGACGUUCAUAGGCUAUGCUGACGGCAUCCUGCAUUGUGUACUGUGUCGACUUGACAGCACAGUAUUGCGACUAGUCAUGACGGCGCUCCAGACAAUUUUCAGCUGGGUUUAUAUGGGCUACAGCAAGCAGCCCGAGCCCCCCCAGCUGCCCCCCGUCCACUUUGGCGAUUGGAGAGUGUCGGAGCAGGAUGGGGAAAUGGUGAAGGUGCUUCUUACAAAGCACUUUCUAUCCCUCUGUCGCUCUGUGGUUCGCAUCCUACAACUCCGGGUGGAUGAGAUGCAUCUACUUGCCAAAGUCCAAACGAGGUUUCAUUGUAUGGACACUGCAAGCAUCAGCGUUAUAGCAGAACAACUGGCUAUCUCACUGUCGGAUGUUACAUGGCUGGUUCGGCAUUACAGCAAAGAGAAGUAUGUGAUCCCUGACUCGCCAUCAUCUCAACAAAGCCCUGAAAGAAGUGCAACUGUCGCGGAGUCGGGCUAGGCGCGGAGGGUUGCUGCGUGACGAGAAAAUGUACUCCUUCGAGGGAUCUUCUUGACAUCCGUCGCGUAAGAUGGCGAGCGGAUAUCUGACCCUUACUAUAUAAGUUAUCGAGCGUGGCGUCGAUCAGAGUGGUAUGUUCUCAUUUAAACUUUAGCAGUGGUAAAUUCUUCGCGCGUUGAUGGUUCAAGUCCUCAGCCUAG